AUGCCGCGGAUAGAAGGAAGUGGGGACGAGCGACAACAACAGCGGACCCUGAGACGGCGCGGGAUCAAUGCUGCAGAGAAGAAGAAGAAGGGAGAAGGAGGAAGGAAGAUGGAAGAAGGAAGAAAGGUGAUGGAAGAAGGAAGAAGUAGAAAGGAAGAAAGGAAGGAAGAAGGAAGAUGGAAGAAGGGAGAAGGAAGAAGAAGGAAGGAAGAAGAAAGAAGGAAGAAAGAGGAAGGAAGAAGGAAAAAGGAAGAAGAAGGAAGGAAGAAAGGAAGAAAGGAAGGAAGAAAGAAAGAAGAAGAAGUUUGUGACAACUGCAUGUCUACUUCACCGAUACCACUCGCCAAUUUCCUCAUCCUUCUAAAAUAUGGAUUUUUCAAUUCGAUGACUACGUAA